GCCCGCAACGCGCCCCUUUCUCGGUACACCAGUUACAGCGCUAAUUGUAGCCACGCAUGCGCAAAAAACCGGGCCCGUCUAACAACACUGCCCCGAUCCUGCCUGGCCGGUUGUUUCCUGCUUUUAGAUACUGCCUGAUACUGCCUGCACUUCCGUGUUACUAAGCUGCUUUUUCUGCAGAACGUAACUGUCCCGUCUCCCACCACUGUCUCGCCGAGUGAUGGGAGACGGGUGGUGGGAGAGACCGCGCAUGCUUUAUCUUUAAAAUUCUAUGUGAUAUUUCCUUAUCACCUUUUUUUCUGUAAGGCAGCAGUUCGAGUCUGGAUCUGGAAAGUUUGCGAGCACCUCUGCAGUGAAUAAUGACGAACGCGAUGGAUAACAAGGAAAAGACAAAGCUCUUUCUCGACUGCGCGAAGUAUUGCAUGCGGAUUGAAAACUAUGAGAAGGCCAAGGAAUUUAUCCACCACGCCCAAAAGCUUUAUCCAACGGAGGAGGCCGAGGAGAUGCUGUGCGCAAUAAAUGGAAUUAACAGAAAAGAAAAAGCAGAACAAUCAAUGAUGGAUUAUUAUGAGCUGGAGUUGCAAUUUAUCAACAAUGUCCUCAAGCUUUAUCCGAGGAAGGAGGCAAAGGAAUUACUGGCAGAAGUACUCUCGGAGAAAAAGCAACCAGAGUUAGCUGACCAAGAGCAGAGACAAGAAAGAAACUCAGACUUUAAUUUCCAUUGGUCCAAAAAAGAAAGAUGGCAGAAAACAAGUAGUCAUGAAUAUUAUGAAAAUUUUACUAAUUGUAAAUUCGAAGCUAAUAUGACAGACAGGGCUGCUUUGAUACUUGGUGUCGGGCUUGGUAUAUUUGGAACCGGUCUUCUUGUGAAAAAUGUAUUUGAUGUAUGUGAUCAGCUAAAAAAGAAUAAGUACUAAAAAAAAAUGAGUAAUAUAACUUUUUUGUCAAUUAUUUUAGUAUUGAAAAUAAUAUAACAAUAAAAAUUAUCUAAUUAAUAUAAAAAUAAA